GGACGGUUGACGAUCUUUACUUUAUUUAGUCAACGGUCGAUCAGUCCUGCUACGCUGUCCUAGGAAUACUUCACGGAGACAUUAUAGUACGAACAACUACAAGUUCAGUUUUUCAAAUAGUUACUUGGAACAAAGGUCGUUAGCAGCAUCGGAGUCUGUUCACCUUCAUGGGAUGGAUUGGAACCUCCGAAGGAUGAUGAUACUAUGGGUACUCCCCCUCCUCCUGCCAAACAGCUGUUGUUUCGCGACUGAAGCUUCAGGGCGUUUUUCAAGAGACGUAGCGCAAGAUGAGGGCGGUGAUCAGUAUGACUACCAGUACGACUAUCAGUAUGACUGGGAUUAUAAUUACGAAGAGGAGCGACAACAACUGGACUUUGGAACCAUCCGGCAAAACCAAAUCAUAUCGCUGAAGCCUUCAUGUAAAUAUAUCAUGUAUUUUUAUGAAAAGAUUCUUUCAAAUAGUACUUCAUCAUCUGCGAAUGAAUCUCCAGACAGUUCAUUCUCUGUGAAUGAACUUUCAAACAGUUCUUUGGAUGUAAGUGAAUUGUCGAGCAGUUCAGCCCUUGAUAAGGAAUCCUCCAAUAGUUCAUUAUCUGGUAGUGAAGAAGAUAUCUCUUAUCACCGCAAAGACGGGGCCACUAAAUCUCACAAGAAAGGUAAAACUAGCGUUAAGCAAUCAAAUAAUCAAGAAAACUGUCUACGCGCGCUUAUUGAGAAAGAACACUUGCAGGCUCUCACUUCGGAAUACGUUUCCCGGUGCAAUUAUGAGAAGUCGUUUGCAGAAGUCAUGAACAUGAGUCAUGUUCUUCUUUUCUCUGCCAUCAUCGGCCCAAAUUCCACUGCCAUUUGCAUUCCCUUCAUAAAAUCUUGCACAGAUCAAAGCUGUGAGUCUCAGGUCUCCCAGUGCAACGAAGCGAGUGCUGGAAACCAGGACAGUGGUUCGAAAGCUGUCGGACGUUUGUCUGAUAAAAACGCCUUUAAUGUACCCAGACAAGUAAGGUCCUGUCCCGAGAAGAUUUUCCCUGAAAGCAAUGAUAUUGCUGAGGUUAACAGCCCUAUUGCAGUCAUCCUUGCCUCACUCUGGAGUACUGAUACGUUAUUAGCACAGUACUGUGAGGCCCUUUUGUGCAGUUCAAGGAUAUACGAUUUUUGGAUAUUCUCCACGUUGACUGUCAUCCUGAAUUCAACAGACACAGACACUGCAUGCCUCAGGGAAGCUUCAAGAAAUUCUGCCCUUCCAAAUAACACUGAAAGCUUUUCUAUCGACAUUAGCCACACAGGCAAGCACUUGCUCUUUCUGGUAGGAAACAUAAGCCAAGAAGAUGAUCUUAAAGUGCAGUACCUAAGUUACAUCCAGUUUGCAAAGAAUUAUGAUCCUGAAGCUGUGCGUUGUUGCACUAUGUAUACUGAACACUCUCACUUCGACAGAAUUCUUAUGUAUUGUUUCAGUUUGGAAGAAAGUUGUCAGUCCCUGCCAUUUUUGUGGAGAGCCAUAGAAGCCAAUUCUCAUAAACAAGAGGAGCUUUCCCGUAACUACAUUGUUAUGAGACCUGAUGUGGUGCACCUUAGCCUCACAAAAAGUUUAGCUCCACUUAUCAGAGAGUUUCCAAGUUUGGACCAUAGCAAAUUCGACCUAAUUAACGACAAUUCAAGUAUGGCAAAGCUUUCAAAUAUUAAUGUUUACAAGGAUUUCAUAAACUGGGAUUACAAUUAUACAAGAUUUGAAGAUUAUGAAAUAUGGGUAAACAAAAUAAAGUCACAGUCUAUCAAUGAUAUGAAGAUGGUUAUUAAAGAAUUAAGGAACAAUUAUUUUGAAUGUUCAGCAACAAAAUAUUAUUACUUGUGCAAAAAGGAACAUGUCUUCUUUAUAUUUGUACUAGAAGACUGCAUUUCAACGUUUUCUGUUAGUGACGAAAUUGUGUUCUUAUUGGUAAACCACUACUUAAGUCAACGGGUCGACUCAGGGUAUCUGUGUCAGAACCACAGUUCAGUCAUAUCCACUACUGGCAAUGAAGCUUACACAAAUGGCCAUGCGAUGCAUUUCAUGAUUCUUCCUUCUGUCAUGCACCAAGGAACGGUCUUCGAACCUAAGACACUCUAUAAAGGUGAAUUUGAAAUUCAAAACACAUCUAGUAUAAGUUUUGAACAUACACCUUUCAGUAAUUAUGAGAUACAGAUAAGUAAACUGAACCUAGAUGAUAAAAUUCUACCACCCACCACACAGCCUUCAGUAGCAGAUGUAGAGUCUUUCACAGUGAUGACAAAAUUGUUCAUCUGGGCAAAUGUAAACAACAACACUCGCUGUAUUCAAGAUGUAAUUGAUGGAAAAUUUUCUUACAGGAGAAAUGUUUCUGAAACAAUCUUCUACCUUGUAGGACCUGUUUAUGAUGAUCCUUCAGAGUCAAAGUGUCUGCUAGAUCUCUCUUACAAAGACCUACUCAUAGACAAGGACGUUCACAGUUUAACUACGAACAAAUUUUGGCCAACGUGCUUCACCAAUAUGCUUAUGGCUAUAAAUAUAAAUGGAAUUCAAGUUGCUGACUGGGAUUAUCUUCCUUUUGGUUGUAAAGUGCAAGAAAUCUUAUUACUCUGCCUUAUGAUCGUUAUUAUAUUAGUGACUGUCAUUGGAAAUCUCUUUGUGAUGGUCAUCAUAGUAGCUUCUGGUCUGAUACAAAAACAGCCCUUCUUGAUUCGUUUUUCUCUUUGUGUGUCAGAUUUGCUAACAGGUGUAAUUCCCUCUUCUUUGGCAGUUUUUGAUUCUGUUGGAUUAAUGACUGGCUGGUUGUCACUUACUGACUUGAGUCACAGUGACACUCUAAUUUACUUUGCCGAAAAGACAAUGGAACAGUCGGAAGGUUUUCAGCAGUUGAGGUUCGAGAGACGAGGCUUUUAUCACGUGUUCAGUAGCAUCAUUAUGAGCGUUUCAAUCUUUGUCUCCAUUUUCUCACUGAGCUUAAUAAGCACCGAAAAUCUGUUGGUCAUAAAGAGGCGGCCCCUUAAGAGAUGGCAGGUGAAACUUGCGAUUGGCAUAUCAUGGUUCUUAGGGAUUGCUUUCUCCCUGUUAGUGCAGUGGAGAGAAGACGGCUGGUCAGCUGUUGCCUAUUUUGACCCGAUAACUAAGCUCACUUUAAAUAUCGGGGCGGCUGGUUCAAAAUUAUCAUCAGUUACAUUUUACAUCAAAGUGGUUCUCGCUGGUAUAGGCGGUGCUUGUGUCCUCAUUCUUACAUUAAUCUCAAUUAUUACCUUCCGGUUUCAAGAACGUCGCACGCAGAAAAAAAUGCCAGUUCAUCAGUCAGGGCGUCAGGAUAAUGUCAGGCAGACAACCAUCAUUUUUUUCUACAUGGUUGCACUUUAUGCACUGGCCUCUGUCCCUCCCCUGCUGGAUAUCCUGUUAGAUUUCUCCUUCUCACACCCACUUCUUCAUUUCUUUUGUUGGUGGAUCUUCAUGGCUGGUUCCUCAUGGAACUGGAUCAUCUACGCUUAUAAAGGGAAAACGUUUAAAAGUGCAACUAAGAAAGCCUCCAAGAGGGUCCAGAGAAUGUGCUGUGGAAAAUCCUCAGUGGAUUUAGAGGACAAACGCUACAGUAUAAGCACUACAAGAUGAGCAAGAGCCUUGGAAAGGUUAUAGUCUGAUGUUCUUUUAGCAGCAAAUUCUCACAAAGCAUACAUUGUUUCUAUGGUGUUUUUACGUUGCAUGGAACCAGUGGUUAUUUAUCAACGGGACCAACGGCUUUACGUGACUUCCGAGCCACGCCGAGAGUGAAGUUCUAUCACCAGAAAUUCACAUCUCUCACUCCUCAAUGGAAUGGCCGAGAAUCGAACCCGCGACCACCGAGGUGGGAAGCAAACACCAUACCAACCACGCCACUGAGGCGUUCACAAUGUCCUAAAUGUUGCUUGGAGAGCUAUUUCACUUCUCUUUCCAUGGUGGUCUGUUGCUUGCUUGGUUUACUAAUGGCACCGAAAUGCCAUAAACUUUCAGGUAGUGGCAUAUUUUUCCUACUGAGCCACCAUCAUCAUCUAAAUCUUUCGUCCACAAUAAAGAUCCUUGCUCUGGUUACAUCUCUCCUUCAAGUGCAUCGGAUAAAUUUCCCAUGAAAUGAUGUAGGAGAUAAGGGGUAUCUACCAUUUGUCUUUCAGAAAAAUGCCCUUGGCAACAAUCAUUCUUCCACUGAACGCUGCUGUUUGGCCUCUUGCGUGCUUACAGUAAGCAUUAACUGUCUUCCUCUGUAUAAUGUUCCUGACGAGAAUCUAAAAGAACACAUCCUGGCCUAGAACCAGCAAAUGCUGCCCUUAUAUAUAAAACUGCUUUGCUAAAUUGCGGUGUCCUGGUUUUCCCUCACAUAAUAUUUUGUUAUAUAUUUUAAAUGUUUAUUUGUCAAUUUUGGAAGCCGAAAUGUCCUUAAAAGAACAAUCAGACAUAGUUGAAGACCAUUGAAUUGGCCUCUUGUAUUGGCCUCUUGGGAGACUGAGUGUUCACUGCAGGAGAGCAAGUACCCUGGAAAACUUUGUUAUAUUUUCAUUUCGGUAAAGCGGCAAACAUAUAUCAAACAUCUCACUCAAGUUUGAAUUCAAACUCGCCAGAAGACUGAGAAGGCCAGCAGCAAGAGCAUGCACCACAAAGAAUUCGAAACAUCCAAGUGGCCUAAAAUUUUGUGAAUGUGAUCAGUGGGAGAUACAGACCAAUUGAUAAAAGACAGGCGUAUGUUUGUUUGCAGUGUUCUUAGACAGAUUUAGAACAAUACUCAUUACUGAAUGAUUGUGAAUGCGAAACACUUUCUAAUUACAAAAAACAUGCGAAUAUUGUAACCUGAAGCAAAAGUAACAGAUAAGAAAAUUCCUCUCUGUAUCAUGGUGAGCACCAUGAAUUCUUACAGCUUCUUCCAAACAACCCUGAAAGUCUCCAAGGACUUUUGACAGCCUCUUUCUAGAAAGUCCCAGUGGUUCUGUUGCCAUUUUACCGGGAGCAAGCACGCACAGCUAUAUACUCAAACUUCCUGCCAUAACUUCCAAAAUGUUGAAGUUCAUCACUAUGGCUCAAUCAUAAAUGGCUGCUCAAGGUGCCAGUGCUACUAAACCAUGUAUAACCCACUUCUCUUCAGCUUCCACAGACAGGCCUCUCUAAUCCUGUUUCCUAAGACUUUACUCUCUUCCCUUCUUAUAUUUCCAAACAAUAGUUUCCCUGGAAUUCGACGGCAAACUGUUCUUUUGCGUUGACCUAUCCUGCAGAGGGGGUUCCCAUUUACCUGGGUUUGAAUAACCACAGAAGCUGCCAUAUCCGAGACUUCCAUAAAUGUCCCUCUCUGGAACCAGUGUAUCACGACGAAGAUUCCAAUAUAACAGAAGUUUUAUCGUUUUGAGGGGAAAUGUGUAAUAUAAUUAUUCAUUAAUUUUAACUAAUAUUCUUAGUAUUACUAUUAUUAUCUUUGUUAUCAUUAUUCCAUUAACUUGUUAGGCAAUUCCGAAAAAUAGGAUACUAACGUAUGAAAAGAUAUCGACGAGGAAAAUACAUAAUAAGUAAAUAUCCCAAAGAACAAACGAAUGUAAUUAAUGUCAUAAUUGUCAUAACGAACUAGCAAAAGACGGUCAUAAAGGCUGCUGUAAGUUCUGUCGUCUUUAAACGAGUGUAUUUAUUCAUAUUUUAUUCAAUACCAUUCCUAUUAUAGUACUCAUGUUCUAAAUGUAUGUUAGAAUAUAAGUUUUUGGUAAUCAUGCCAAAACUUUUCCCCGUUUUGUAAUAAAAUCUGUAUAUUUUUCUAUCAUUAUUUCAGAGUUAGGCAUAUCGUGUAAAUAUAUCAUGUAAUAAUAAAGAUGCUACUGGCUUCUUCCUGAUCUUCAUACCUCAAAUAACAACAGUUGUAUUUGCUGUUAUGAAAUAAUUAGUGUGCUACUGCUAUGACAAAUCUCAUUUCAGCAUGCGCUAAUAAAAUUUGUAUCACACUUUCACAAUAAAUAUGAGACCGUC